GGCUGCCUUUUGAGGAUGCUUUUGUGGGAUCCGGAUCUUAAGGUGUGGUCCGAUAAUUACGUGGUUAAUCCAUGGGAGAAUUGCUUUGGAUGAAACCUUUACACCACCAUCACCUGCCUUUGUUGAGGAGGUUUCCUUCUCUAAGCAAAGCUUCUUAAAAAAACAGGGGAAGGAGAAGCAAAUCUACAGAGAACCAAUGGAAGGGUUCUCAAGGCUUCCGCUUUUCCUUCUUCCUGUUUUGCUUUUCUCUAUGUUGCAGAGACCCACAUUCGCUAUCAAAAAGUCUUAUGUGGUGUACUUGGGAUCACAUUCACAUGGUCCAGAAAUCACACAAAGUCAUAUUGAUCUAGCUUCAAAUUCUCAUUACGAGUUUCUAUCAGAUUUCGUUGGAGGCACCGAGCAGGCCAAAGAAUCGAUUUUUUACAGCUACACAAAACAUAUCAAUGGUUUUGCGGCGACCCUUGAAGAAGAGAAAGCAGCUGAGAUCGCAAAGCAUCCCAGGGUCAUAUCAGUCUUUCCAAACCAAGAACUAAAAUUACAUACAACCCGGUCCUGGGAUUUUCUUGGACUCGAGAAAAAUGGUAAAGUUCAACCUGGUUCGAUCUGGGAGAAGGCCAAUUUUGGGGAAGAUAUAAUUAUUGCAAACCUUGACUCGGGUGUCUGGCCGGAAUCAAAGAGCUUUAGCGAUGAGGGGUAUGGACCCAUUCCAUCAAGAUGGAAAGGAGGUUGUACUGACACCGGUGCUGAUGCAGUUCGUUGCAAUAGGAAGUUGAUUGGCGCCAAGGCCUUCAAAGAAGGACCCGAUGUGGUAGGUUACCCAAUUAAAAGUAAUACCACACGUGACCUUGUUGGUCAUGGGACACACUCCUUAUCCACGGCUGCUGGAAACUUUGUCCAAAACGCCAACUUAUUCGGAUUGGGCAACGGCACGUCGAAGGGAGGAUCGCCAAGAGCGCGUGUAGCCUCCUACAAUGUGUGCACACGCGGGUGCCUCGACGCCGACGUCCUCGCUGGUUUCGAUGCCGCCAUCCAUGACGGUGUCGACAUUCUCUCUUUGUCCAUAGGAAACCCCAGAGAUUACUUGUAUGACGGCAUGGCCAUCGGCUCUUUCCACGCAGUCAGGAACGGUGUCCUAGUGGUAGCAGCGGGAGGAAACGAUGGUCCGGAGCCCGGUACAAUCGGCAACGUGGCCCCCUGGUUGUUCACGGUGGCCGCCAGCACCAUGGACCGCCAAUUCUCGGCCUACGUGAAGCUUGGCAACAAUAAGAAUUUCAAAGGUGAUAGUCUAUCCUCAGUUUCCUUCCCCUCGGAUGGUAAGAUGUACCCUUUGGUGAGCGGUGCCGCCGCGAGGGCGAAGAACGCUUCGGAAGAGAAUGGCAAGUAUUGCGUUCCUGGGUCGCUGGACCCGGAGUUGGUAAAGGGGAAGAUAUUGAUGUGCUUCAACAAGGGGUUGGAAGGGAUUCAAACGGGACCAACCGCAAUCUCAGCAGGGGCUGUGGGGAUUAUAUUCGUUAUCGAGAAUAAUUAUUUGAUCCCUGAAGCUCACUUGCUCCCUGCAUCGCAAUUGUCACUCACAGACGGUCUUGCGGUGUAUGAGUAUAUAAACUCCACCAAAGAACCCACCGCUUACAUCUCACCGGUCAUGACGGAGCUGGGGAUGAAACCAGCACCUGUGAUGGCCUCAUUCUCCUCCCAGGGACCCAACAACAUGACUUCCGAGAUUCUCAAGCCCGACAUCACUGCACCAGGGCAGAGCAUCCUCGCCUCCUUCACCGAAGCACCAGGAAAGGGGCCCUCCCAUAUGCCUUUCGAUACCAGACGAGUUGCCUUCAACAUCGAUUCAGGGACGUCCAUGGCCGCCCCUCACGUCGCUGGUAUUUGUGGCCUCCUCAAGAAACUCCACCCCCAUUGGAGCCCUGCCGCCAUCAGAUCUGCCGUCAUGACCACCGCAAGUACGAGGGAUAAUAAGAUGGAGCCGAUACUGAAUGAAAGAAAAACGAGAGCAACCCCAUUCAACUAUGGAGCUGGACAUGUUCGUCCCAAUAGUGCCAUGGAUCCUGGUUUGGUCUAUGACCUAACCCCCAACGACUACUUGAACUUCCUGUGUGCCAUUGGCUACAACCAAACUACAAUCAGCCUCUUCUCCCAACAACCUUACAAAUGCCCCAGCCCAGCCAUCAGUCUCCUGGACUUCAAUUAUCCUUCCAUCACAGUACCCAAACUCUCCGGCUCCGCCACUGUGAGGAGGACACUAAAGAAUGUUGGGUCUUCUCCAGCUACAUACAAGGUCAAGAUUCGUCCUCCCUCUGGAAUUUCUGUUUCGGUGGAGCCAGAGAUCCUGAAAUUUGAUUCAGUUGGACAAGAGAAGACGUUCAAACUAACCCUCGAGACUAAGAGACCUGGUUAUGCUAAAGACUACGUAUUUGGCAACCUUAAAUGGUCUGAUGGGAUUCACCAUGUCAAGAGUCAGAUAGUAGUUCUAUCCAUAUAACAAUCCUCUAUUCUUGGUCUGGUCCAUUAUUUUCUUCCAUUUUUUUAUUCAAACCUGGCAUGCGAGAGACUGAUCCUAGACUCUCACUUUGACAUGUCAUGUGCAAAUAACAAUGCUAUAUAAAGGUACCCUUCUUUUUUUUUUUUUA